GCUGGGGAGCCCCAGUCUGGCCAGAGUUGGCCGGAGCUGUUGCCAUGACAAGCAUUUUCUUAAGACAGCUCUGCUGUUGAGACCGUCCUAGGCUGGGGGUGGGGUGGGGGCACGAACUUCUUGGGGGUCCAUCCCUCCGAAGACAGCGAGAUCAGCCACCCGCCCAGCUCCCUGCACCCAUUUUCUUCCAGGGAAGGUCCUUCGUGUGGAAGGGUUGGGGAAGCAGACCCAUCCCACUCCCCCUAGCUGUAGCUGAAAGGCCAGAGCGCAAAGCCAGCAUCCCUAGGUGGUUUGCUACACUGGGGAGAGCGGUUGGUGGUCACCCCACCCUACUCGGUCUAUGGAAACGCGGAGGGACAGUCCCGCACGGAGACAGCUGGAUCUUUGCUAGAAAGAGAGAGGCCUAGCCAUCAUUGUUAUCCAGGGAGCCCUCCUCUUUCUCCUGACGCUGGCCUACCAUCGUAAUUGCUGGUUGUUGCUAAGGUUUCCUCCGUGGUAACAUGCUUAUCCUGUUUACACUUAUAUAUGGACAAGUAGUCUAAACUAGGAACCUACCUACUCUGGAUAACCAUUCCCAUCUCCACCCAGAGGACACCAAUCAUCGUGACACCACGUCCGUCAUUUACUAGGUUCCCCCAACCUCUUCCUCCUCUCACUAGUAGACUUAAUACAGAAGAAAGGAUCUAGGGGCCUGGUGUUGCUACUCUGAAACGUAUUGCACAAGAUAUUGCCAAUUUAUCCUCUAACUGGCCUCCCAGCGAAGAAAGAAGUGGGAAGAAACAGGGAAGAGAAGGCAAGAGACACUGAUCAGUUAGAGGGGAAACUCUACAUCUUCUCUGGUUGAGAGUCUGGUAACCGAAGGAGGCAAAAUGACGAAUCCACCGCCAGCCAACGCAGUAGCUGAGAGCUAUGAAGGACAGUUUGGCUGCACCUUAAUGGACCUGAGAAAGCUCAUGGAGCUUCGUGCAGCUGAAGCAGUGGCCCAGAUCAGUGCCCACUAUGGAAGUGUACAUGAACUCUGCGCUAGACUGAAAACCUCACCUAUAGAAGGUCUAUCUGGGAACCCUGCAGACUUGGAGAAGCGUAGACAUGUUUUUGGAAAGAACGUGAUACCUCCGAAAAAGCCCAAGACUUUCUUAGAAUUAGUGUGGGAAGCCCUGCAGGAUGUCACGCUCAUCAUCCUGGAGAUCGCAGCCAUCAUCUCCCUGGUCCUGUCCUUCUACAGACCUCCGGGUGGGGAUAAUGAAAUCUGUGGUCACAUUGCAAGUAACCCAGAAGAAGAGGAGGAAGGAGAAACUGGCUGGAUUGAGGGGGCAGCCAUUCUCGCCUCGGUGAUCAUUGUGGUGUUCGUGACAGCCUUCAAUGACUGGAGCAAAGAGAAGCAGUUCCGGGGACUGCAGAGUCGCAUCGAACUAGAACAGAAAUUCUCUAUUAUCCGAAAUGGUCAGCUUAUCCAACUCCCCGUGGCUGAGAUUGUGGUGGGAGAUAUUGCCCAGGUCAAAUACGGUGACCUGCUGCCUGCGGAUGGGGUCCUACUCCAGGGAAACGAUCUGAAGAUUGAUGAGAGCUCUCUGACAGGAGAAUCAGAUCAUGUCAAGAAGAGUCCGGAAAAAGACCCCAUGCUGCUCUCGGGGACUCAUGUGAUGGAAGGUUCUGGACGGAUGGUAGUGACUGCUGUGGGGGUCAACUCCCAGACUGGAAUCAUCUUCACCCUCUUAGGGGUUAGUGAGGAAGAAGAUGACGACAAGAAGAAGAAAGGUAAAAAACAAGGAGUCCCUGAAAAUCGCAACAAAGCAAAGACCCAGGAUGGAGUAGCCUUGGAAAUCCAGCCACUCAACAGUCAGGAGGGGAUCGAGAGCGAAGAGAAGGAGAAGAAAGUAAGCAGGGCACCCAAGAAGGAGAAGUCAGUGCUGCAGGGCAAGCUCACUCGCCUGGCCGUGCAGAUCGGGAAGGCUGGUCUGAUCAUGUCUGCCCUCACAGUUAUCAUCUUGAUUCUAUACUUUGUGGUUGACAAUUUUGUGAUACAGCGCCGAGCAUGGCUUCCUGAGUGCACCCCUGUCUACAUCCAGUAUUUUGUCAAGUUCUUCAUCAUCGGAGUCACUGUAUUGGUCGUGGCUGUGCCAGAGGGGCUGCCACUGGCUGUCACCAUCUCACUGGCCUACUCUGUAAAGAAAAUGAUGAAGGACAACAACUUGGUACGGCACUUGGAUGCUUGUGAGACAAUGGGCAACGCUACAGCCAUUUGUUCUGAUAAGACAGGCACGCUGACCAUGAACCGCAUGACAGUGGUACAAGCUUACAUUGGGGACACUCACUACCGCCAGGUCCCAGAACCUGACGUCCUCCCACCCAAGACUCUGGAGCUCAUAGUCAAUGGCAUUUCUAUCAACUGUGCUUAUACUUCUAAGAUUCUGCCUCCAGAAAAGGAGGGAGGCCUACCCCGGCAAGUAGGCAACAAGACAGAGUGUGGGCUGCUAGGCUUUGUCACAGACCUGAAUCAGGACUACCAAGCAGUCCGCAAUGAGGUACCUGAGGAGAAGCUCUUCAAGGUGUACACCUUCAACUCCGUGCGCAAGUCCAUGAGCACUGUCAUCAGGAAGCCGGAAGGGGGCUUCCGCAUGUACAGCAAGGGUGCCUCUGAGAUAAUGCUGCGCAAGUGUGAUCGAAUCCUGAACAAGGAAGGAGAAAUUGUACCAUUCAAAAGUAAGGACCGAGAUAAUAUGGUACGCAAUGUCAUUGAGCCCAUGGCCAGUGAAGGACUCCGGACUAUUGGCAUAGCUUACCGAGAUUUUGAUGACACAGAGCCCAAGUGGGACAAUGAGAAUGAAAUCCUCACUGGGCUGAUCUGCAUUGCAGUGGUGGGCAUUGAGGAUCCUGUGCGCCCGGAGGUACCCGCGGCAAUUGCCAAAUGCCGACGGGCUGGCAUUACUGUCAGAAUGGUGACCGGUGAUAAUGUCAACACAGCCCGGGCCAUCGCCACCAAAUGUGGCAUUCUGACCCCUGGAGACGACUUCUUGUGCCUGGAAGGCAAAGAAUUCAACAGAAUUAUCCGCAAUGAGAAGGGCCAGGUUGAACAAGAAAAGCUGGACAAGAUCUGGCCCAGGCUUCGGGUACUGGCACGAUCUUCUCCCACAGACAAGCACACAUUGGUGAAAGGUAUCAUUGACAGCACUGUUGGGGAUCAGCGGCAGGUGGUGGCUGUCACUGGUGAUGGAACAAAUGAUGGACCCGCACUAAAGAAAGCAGAUGUCGGCUUUGCUAUGGGCAUCGCAGGCACAGAUGUGGCUAAGGAGGCGUCAGACAUCAUCCUGACCGAUGACAACUUCACCAGCAUUGUGAAGGCAGUGAUGUGGGGACGGAACGUGUAUGACAGCAUUUCCAAGUUCCUGCAGUUCCAGCUCACUGUCAAUGUGGUGGCCGUGAUUGUGGCUUUCACCGGAGCCUGUAUCACUCAGGAUUCCCCACUGAAAGCGGUGCAGAUGUUGUGGGUUAACCUGAUCAUGGACACAUUUGCUUCCCUGGCCCUGGCCACCGAGCCCCCAACCGAUUCUCUGUUGAGGCGUCGCCCCUAUGGGCGAGACAAGCCUCUGAUCUCCCGCACAAUGAUGAAGAACAUCUUGGGCCAUGCAGUGUAUCAGCUUGGAAUGGUCUUCCUCCUCGUCUUUGCUGGUGACAAACUGUUUGACAUUGACAGUGGGAGGAAGGCACCUCUCAAUUCACCACCCAGCCAGCACUAUACCAUUGUUUUCAACACAUUUGUGCUGAUGCAACUCUUCAACGAAAUCAACUCUCGGAAGAUCCAUGGUGAGAAGAAUGUCUUUGCGGGCAUCUACCGAAACGCCAUUUUCUGCUCUGUAGUUUUAGGCACUUUCAUCUGCCAGAUCAUGAUCGUAGAAGUGGGAGGUAAGCCGUUCAGCUGUACGAACCUCACCAUGGAGCAGUGGAUGUGGUGUCUCUUUAUAGGGAUUGGAGAACUUCUGUGGGGCCAGAUCAUCUCUGCAAUACCUACCAAGUUCCUGAAGUUCCUGAAGGAGGCUGGCCGUGGCAGUGAGAUCAGCAGGGGGGAAACCGAGGGAAUGGAAGAGAUUGAUCUUGCUGAGAUGGAACUUCGCAGAGGCCAGAUCCUCUGGGUCCGUGGCCUGAACCGGAUUCAGACUCAGAUCAGAGUGGUGAAAGUGUUUCACGGUUUUCGGGAAGCCAUUCAGAAGUCCAGGAACCUUAACUCCAUCCACACCUUCAUGACCCAACCUGAAUACACCGCAGAUGAUGAAUUGUCACAAUCAUUCCUGGAUAACCAAGAGGAAAAUCCUGCAUCGGCUUCUAAGACGGGGACUAGUGUGCUCCUGUUGGAUGGUGAAGCUGCCCCACAGGACAACACAAAUAACAAUGCCGUGGACUGCCACCAAGUGCAAAUCAUUGCCUCCUGUUCGGACGGCCCUCUGCAAAGCCUGGAGACACCAGUCUGAACUUCCAUUCUCCGAGUUCCACCCCUGCUCUCCCUUUUUCCCUUCUUCUUUCCCAUCUGUAUGUGACGGUGGGACUUGUCACUGUUGUGUCAGCUGCUCCUAAGUGUGUGAGAACCCCCAACCCUCCACCUGACCAUGCAGAAGUGGGAGCACAGACCUACCUGGAUUCAGUCAAACCCUGAGCAGGUAAAAGGAGAUCCACUCCUCCCACUGUACCCACUGUCAUUUUAAAGAAAUGGUGGCAUUCCUUUUGGCAGCACCCAACCCAAAGUCUCCACAGCAUUCCCACAUUCACCACCACCUCCUUCUGACUCAGAGAUUUUAUCCAAUGAGUUUCCACCAUUUACAUUUACAAGCUAAGUUGUGGGCUCAGUGAGAGACAAAUACCCCAAGUUCAUGUUUCAGUAGAGUGAUUAUUCUUAAAACAUUUUUUUUUCAUAUUUUGAAAAUGUGCACUCUAAGGCCUCUAGCUCUUCAGUCUGAUAUCCCGCAAGGUUCUUUGGAUCUUACAUGACUGACUCUCUCUCUGUCUCUGUCUCUCUCUCUCUCUCCCUCCCUCCCUCCCUCCCUUUCUCUCUCUCUCUUUCUCUCUCUCUCCCUCCCUCCCUCCCUCCCUUUUUCUCUCUCUCUUUCUCUCUCUCUCUCUUAUGGUAAUUACAAGAAUGGAAAGGACAUGGACAAGCUGAGUCAACUUUGACCCUUUCUGGCCCCAGUAGAACCUUUCAUUUUGUUCUAGAGGCAGGCAGAUUUCUUUGCUCAACUGGUCUUUUUGGAGCAAAUGAGCUGGUGAAAUAUUUCCCUGUUCUUACCAGGUCAGCACCAACUUCUGGAUGUCUGUCUUGUAAGGUGUACAGGAGUUUUUAAGUGCCAGGGAAAUCAGCCCUGACCAUGGGGUUUGUAUAUGUGGAAUCUAUAGCUUUUACCAUAGGCCUGGGCUUCCUUCUUGCCUGGGGAGGUAGCAAAAGAAUGAAUGGGUCAUGACCCUGCCUCCUAGCUGGAUGAGAAGCCUCAGGAUCAACAUGGGGCAGGCCUAGGACUGGGAAGUCACUGAAGCAGACUACUUUGAAGGAUAUUUGGCCAAGGCUCUCCCAGGGAAGGAGCUUCUGUCUGGAGGUGCGAGGGUGCGGGGUUGGGGAUGGGUGUUAAGAGCCAGUCCUUCAGGAUCUGAGAAACCUCCCUACACUUUGUUGUGCCCCACAACAUUUUCUGUCUCUAAGGAAGUCCCCAACUUCUGCGAACAUUCUAAUGUUGAAAAUGCAUAUCCAAAAGAGGAGGCUCCCCUGACAGCGUGCUGAUUCAAGGAGCAGAAGACCCUCCCUGGAAAGCUUCCUGCUCCACCCCCCCGACCCCCACCCCCCGAACCUCCAAUUUUCACACAGCCUCAUCCAGCAGUCUCUACUGCUACCUGGGAAAGUCUGUGCCUUUCUGCCCCCCAAACACUGCCCAGAGCACCCUCUGCCUGCCUGCCCUGCCUCUCAGGAGCUGGGGACUUCACCAAGAGGGACUUUGCCAUACUGGGACAAGGAGGAGGUGCAGUCCCAGGUGCUUCAUCUGUAUCUCUGCUCGGCUGAUUUAAACAUUUGUGUGCAGGUGGAUCGAAUUUAUAUCCCUGAGUCCCAUCCCCUGUUAGGUCAGUGAAGCCUGCCUCCCUCUUUCUAGGGUAAUGGGAAUAAGAGGGUGCAUGAGACUCAUGAGAACAUCAAGAUUUCCACUUGGGAGAGAAAGGUAAAAUGAACUUGCCCACUCUUCUUCUAGUGAUCUUCCUCACACCCCACCUUUCACCCACGCUGCCAGGGGAGGUUGAGUAAAGGAACAAACA